UCUCCUCUCUCUUUGCUCCCAAAAGGAAAAUCGCUCCCAAAAAACUUUUUCUUUUUUCCCUUUGCAUUUUUCGCUUUCUUGGAAAAUCUUCCAGUGACGAAUAAUCACAUUUGGUCUCAGAGCUAAACCCUAGCUUUUCCUGAGCUUUUGGAGUGGAAUUUUGAGAGAAGACGGGAAAGAGAAGGAAAAAGAAAAAAAUAAAAACCUAUAUUUCUAAUUUGGCUGAUCAUCGUCAUCAUCGGUUUUUUUCUUUUUUUCUUUUUUUUUCUUUUAUCUCUCUGUUUGAUCCAUUCUUUUUUGUGUUUCGAUUUUUGUUUGUUCUGGUUCUGGUGCUUUUGAAUAGAAGGAAGAGAGGCACGCAGUCUCGGAAGAACAGAGACUUUUGCUGUAUGUCAGUAGAUUGUAAAGAGACUUACUGCGGUGGAAUCGGCGAGCUUGCGAAUCCCUUGCAAUGGCCCCAACUACGCAAAAAACGACGCUAUCUAACCCUCCUUCUUGCUGCGACGGUGCCGAUUCCGUCAACAUUCGCCGCGCAGCUUCUGCUCCUCCGUCUGACGCCGUCGUUUCGGCCAAUGCGGUUCAAGAUUGGACGGUCGCCUCCGCCGAUCGUCACGCUGAUCAGCGCGCAAAGAAGAUCGCCGUUGCGUCGUUGAUUCCUGAACCUUCCACCAAUGCUUCUAAUAAAGGAAUCCCGAUCAUGCUGAGAGCUCAAUCAAGCCAUCCCUUGGACCCUCUUUCUGCUGCAGAAAUAUCUGUAGCAGUGGCAACUGUCAGGGCUGCUGGAGCCACUCCUGAGGUCAGAGAUGGCAUGCGCUUUAUUGAUGUGGUUCUGCUGGAACCUGAUAAACAUGUUGUUGCACUAGCAGAUGCAUAUUUCUUUCCCCCAUUCCAGCCAUCAUUGAUUCCCAGAACAAAAGGUGGACCUGUAAUUCCCACAAAGCUUCCUCCAAGGCGAGCUAGACUUGUUGUAUACAACAAGAAAUCAAAUGAAACAAGUGUGUGGAUAGUUGAGCUCUCAGAAGUACAUGCAGCAACUCGAGGUGGACAUCACAGGGGAAAAGUAAUUUCAUCGCAAGUUGUUCCAGAUGUGCAGCCUCCCAUGGAUGCUGUAGAAUAUGCUGAAUGUGAAGCUGUUGUGAAGGACUUCCCUCCGUUUAGGGAGGCUAUGAAGAAGAGAGGUAUUGAAGAUAUGGAUCUUGUAAUGGUUGAUGCCUGGUGUGUCGGUUAUCACAGUGAUGCUGAUGCUCCUAACCGAAGACUUGCAAGGCCAUUGAUAUUCUGUAGAACUGAGAGUGAUUGUCCAAUGGAAAACGGUUAUGCACGGCCAGUUGAGGGAAUUUAUGUACUGGUUGAUAUGCAAAACAUGGUGGUGAUAGAGUUUGAAGACCGUAAGUUAGUUCCCUUACCUCCAGCUGAUCCGUUGAGGAAUUAUACUCCUGGUGAAACAAGAGGUGGAGUUGAUCGAAGUGAUGUAAAGCCUUUACAAAUUAUUCAACCUGAAGGUCCUAGCUUUCGUGUGAAUGGGUACUUUGUGGAGUGGCAGAAGUGGAAUUUCCGUAUUGGGUUUACUCCUAGAGAAGGCUUAGUCAUAUAUUCUGUUGCAUAUGUCGAUGGUAAUAGGGGGAGAAGGCCUGUAGCUCAUAGGUUAAGUUUUGUGGAAAUGGUUGUGCCUUAUGGAGAUCCAAAUGAACCACAUUACAGAAAAAAUGCUUUUGAUGCUGGGGAAGAUGGCCUUGGAAAAAAUGCACAUUCCCUUAAGAAAGGAUGUGAUUGUUUGGGCUAUAUCAAAUACUUUGAUGCUCACUUUACAAAUUUCACUGGAGGGGUUGAAACAAUUGAAAAUUGCGUAUGUUUGCAUGAAGAGGAUCAUGGAAUUUUGUGGAAGCAUCAAGACUGGAGAACAGGUUUAGCUGAAGUUCGAAGGUCUAGACGGCUAACAGUAUCUUUUAUAUGUACCGUGGCUAAUUAUGAGUAUGGAUUCUUCUGGCACUUCUAUCAGGAUGGAAAAAUUGAAGCUGAAGUUAAGCUUACUGGAAUACUCAGCUUAGGUGCGUUGCAACCUGGGGAAUUUCGAAAGUAUGGUACCAUGAUUGCACCAGGAUUAUAUGCACCAGUUCAUCAACACUUUUUUGUUGCUCGUAUGGAUAUGGCUGUUGAUUGCAAACCUGGUGAGACUUACAAUCAGGUUGUGGAGUUGGAUGUUAAAGUUGAGCAGCCUGGGGAGAAUAAUGUUCAUAAUAAUGCAUUUUAUGCCGAGGAGACACUUCUCAGAUCUGAAUUGCAAGCAAAGCGUGAUUGUAAUCCUUUGACUGCUCGCCAUUGGAUUGUAAGAAACACUAGAACCGUCAAUAGGACUGGACAGUUAACAGGCUACAAACUAGUACCUGGUUCAAACUGUUUGCCAUUGGCUGGUUCUGAGGCAAAGUUUUUGAGAAGAGCUGCUUUCCUGAAGCAUAAUCUUUGGGUUACACCUUAUUCGCGUGAUGAGAUGUUUCCUGGAGGAGAAUUCCCCAAUCAAAAUCCACGUGUUGGCGAAGGAUUGGCUACGUGGGUAAAGAAAGAUCGUUCUCUAGAAGAAACUGAUAUAGUCCUCUGGUAUGUAUUUGGAAUAACACACGUUCCUCGGUUGGAAGACUGGCCUGUCAUGCCGGUGGAGCGCAUCGGUUUUAUGCUCAUGCCUCACGGAUUCUUCAACUGUUCCCCGGCAGUAGAUGUCCCACCCAACGCUUGUGAAUUGGAUGCUAAAGACAAUGAUGUCAAAGAAAAUGGGGUAGCCAAACCAAUUCAGAAUGCGAUAUUGGCAAAGCUUUGACGAGCCGGAUCUUUCUUUUCAAUGAUGGAUUUCUGUCCGUAACUAGGCUAGUAUUAUAUUAUCUGUCUUUUCAUUAGUGUGGAUGUUCUUUCUCUACUUAGUGAUUGGUUUGGAUUUAUGGAUUAUGGAUUUGUGUUUGGAUUUGGAUUUGGAUUUACUUGGUUUGGAGCUGAUUGGUUUUUAGGGUACAUGAAAUAAAAUAAUGCUUUUGUUUUCCCUAAUGAUUGUUACACAGAUUGUAUGCUUAAUGUAAUCAAUGACCCAAUGCAAUCCAAGGCGUCAGGUCAGUUUAUUCCCCCAAA